UUUUUUGCCCAAACUAUCAAGGAUUUGUAUCAAUAUCUCUUGAUAUCUGUUGCUUCAUGGUUAAUACACCCACAUAUAAGGAUAGGUCUAUUUGAUCUCCAAGUCUCCUUGAAUAUAAACUGAUAACGAAUACAUCAUUGACAUUCUUAUAAAGGAAUGGCUACAUGCACAGCGACACCGCCACCAACUUCAAAAAGUUGUCAAAAGACCAAUCACACUCGGCUCUGCAGACUUUUAACUGACAUUGGAACCAAAGUGUUGAGAGGAAUUCAUGAUUCACAACAUCCUCCUGCUGUUCUACAAAACCACUUGAACUCACCCGCUGUUAAAAWUACAUUGAAAAGUCUGAAAACCAAAAGAAUUCUAAACUUAAAUCAGUGGGACAAGCUAUACCCAGCAUCAGGAGUGGCAUCCUCAAACACUUUUGACAUAACAUUGCUCUUCCUUCUCCUAAGGAAUACCUGUGAUCUUACUCCACCUACUACAGGAUGGGAUGCUGCACCUUUACCAGAGGAUGUUAGUAAGGAGGCUGACCUGAUUCGAGUAAAGCGAUGUCGAAAUGAAGUUAUUGGUCAUAGUACUGUUGCAGAACUCUCUGACGCUGAUUUUGAAACCCGCUGGGCUGAGAUCGAGGCAGCAUUAAUAAGACUUGGAGGAUCACUGUAUGAGCCUGAAAUCCAGCGUCUGAAAAUCGAGUCACUGGUUCAGUCCUUGGUAGAAGGAGACGACAAGAAAAUURAUGCAAUCUUAGAAAAGCUUAAUCAACCAUCGCAAGAUAGUGAACAUUUAGUUCCAUUUUGCAAUUUACCUCAAAAACCAUCCCACGUCACCAUUGGCCGUACCAGUGAAGUGUCAAAGAUAAUGGCGGAGAUUCAAAGACUACAAUUGACGUAUUCAAAUGAAGUAACWGUCACAUACUUGUCUGGAAAUCCCGGUUGUGGUAAAAGUGAGCUUUCCAGACAGAUUGGAAAGAAAUAUUUUGAUGAAACAGAGGAAUCGAUCAAGUGUGUGAUAACACUCAACGCAUCCAAUCUGGAAAKCCUAUCGCAAUCAUACAUGGACCUGGCAUACCAACUUCAAUGUAACGAACUAUCCAUAACAUCUAUCAUGAAUACAAAUAAUUCACAAGAACAGAAACUUACUCAAAUGAAAGGACUUGUUAAACCGAAGCUACUUAAAUACUCCUCAUGGUUGAUGAUCGCUGAUAACGUUGAAGAACUUCAAUUAGUGUUAAAGUAUCUCCCUCAUCCAGGACAAAAGCUUCAUUCUGGCGGAAAAGGACACAUACUGAUUACCACACAAGAUAGCCAAUCUAUACCACUGAGUGAUCCAUAUUCAUUUCAGAUGUCCUUGAGCCAUGGUAUGGAUCCCAUCGAAGCUGUGAGAUCCCUGCGCGAUAUUUCUGGGUAUUUUGAUGAAGGAGAAAUUGUACAUUUUGUUGCGAAGGAACUUGAUUUCCAGCCUCUAGCACUUGCUAGUGCAGCUGUAUAUAUGCACCAUGUACGCAUUUCAGAUCCUACAAUGACAUGGGAAAUCUACCUUCAAACCAUUAAAAAUGGAAAUCGAGAAUCAGCGGAUAAACKUUAUGAAAAAACCAACAAGGCGGCAUAUGAAAAAUCUAUGACGACUGCUGUUAGUAUGGCAGUCAAAAAGUUGACAGAAGAAAGCAAAGUAAUGCUUCAUGCUUGUGAAUUUUUGGCUGCAUUGGCUCCAGAGUUCGUAUCCCUCGUUCACGUUGUAAAUUAUGUCAUGAAGUGCAUGCCAGACGAAGAUGCAAAGUCCAUAGAAGUAGAGAUCAUAAAUUCGUCCCUCAUUCUUACCUCGAGGGACAAACACGAACGACGUGUUGAACUUCGUGUUCAUCAAGUUGUCUUCAGCGUUUUUCAAUCAAUAGUGGAAAGGUUGUAUGUUACAGAAGAAGAAGAAUUGUCAUAUUUGACAAAAGUGAUGGAAGUUUUUUCAUAUAUUGAGGGAAACCAUGAAGAGAGUAUGGAAUAUAUUAUAUCUACAGGCAGGCUUGUCUCACAUUUUAUAAAAUUAUCCAAGAAAAUCGAAACCUUUUUCAAGAGAAAUGAAGUUCUGCUUUUGACAGAAAAGGACGAAUAUGGAGUACGUUACAGCUUCAUAAAUAGAAGAACAGCCAGUGAAUAUCUUCCACUAGCGAAUCUAAUGUUCUUUGUAUUGUCUCGUGUGUUAAAGAGGCACGGGAAAUACGAAAUUUCAAGAAUUUUAUUAGAAUUUUGUAUUGCCUUAGAACGAGCUCAAAUGUCCAGUGCUGAGCAAUCGGGAAUCMUUUUACCUGAUGUCGAUAAUGUGCAAUUGGCAAGUAUGCUAUUCGACUUUGCUUAUAUAUUAGACAAAUUCGGUGAAUAUUGCGAAGCUAAAAUGUGUUAUGAUCAUGCCUUCAACAUUAACACAAGGAAAUUUGGAAACAAUAGCGCUAUCGUAGCUGCGAAUUUUGGUGGUCUAGGAAGAGUAUUGAGAAAUCUCAGUAGAUUUCCAGAAGCUAUGGAUUGCUACGAAAAGUGUCUUGGCAUCCAAAAGAGAAUUUACGGAAACAAUCACAUUAGUGUAGCUGCAACUUUAAAUAACCAAGGAUUAGUUUUGAGAGAUAUUGGAAGAUAUAAAGAAUCAAAAGAUUGUUAUACAAAGGCUCUAGAUAUCUUUGUAGCCACGCUAGGUGACAAGCACCCAGAUGUGGGUGUAGCUUUAGGAAAUCUAGGAACAGUGUUGAGAGGUCUAGGGGAAUAUGCCGACUCCAAGGAGUGUUGCGAAAAAGCCCUCAACAUUCACAAAAUGGUGUACGAGGAAAGCCACCCUACUAUUGGAGUUCACCUAUAUUUCUUGGGGCUUUCACUACAUGGCUUAGGUGAAUACCAACAGUCCAAACUCUUCUUUGAAAGGUCCCUUGCAACUCUUCAAGCUGCCUAUGGUGAAGAUCAUCCACAAGUUGCAAAGACRCUCAACGCGCUGGGACAACUUCAGMUAGAACAGGGAGAUAACGAACAAGCCAAAGUGAAUUUGGAUAGAGCACUGAUGAUCAAUGAAACACAUUUUAGCCAAAAUCACUCUCAGUUAGCUGUCACGCUGAACAACCUUGGGAGACUCUCAGAAAACGUUCAUGAAUAUGAACAAGCCAGGCGAUAUUUCGAGAGAGCGCUAGCCAUCAACGAGAAAACAUUUAAUGAAAAUCACYAUGAAAUUGCCAUUACUUUAAACAACCUUGGCAAUCUCUUGGUUAAACUAAAGAAAGACAAAGAAGGGAGACUUUGCGUGGAAAGAGCCCUCGUCAUCAAAGAGAAGAAUCCAGAUUACGCAUUUAAAUUUUAAAUGCCUAUUACUUAGCUUGAAAUUAGAGCUUUACAAACGUGUCUUUUCUUUUUCGUACAGUGUGAAAUCCUCAUAUAGUUAAACGGCAUAUGCAAAAUGGACGUACUUACAUAUGACACUUUGAGCUCAUUGAAAAAGGAAGUAUGUUUUAGGGUAUCACUUAUAACCAGCUCCGGGCAUGCACUUAACUGUAAAACAAGCAGAAUUUGAUUUGAAAAGAAUUGGAUCAUACUUGGACUUUAGCGUCUAAGAGAAGCAUACACUUCAUUGUCAUUUUGCUUUUGGUUAUGUCAAAUUUUAAUUUGUAAAAAAAGGUAGUGCAUGAGCGUCGGUUAUGUCAAAGAGCUUUUUAGUACUGAUACCACCUCAUAAAUAUAAUGUAUUUUUUAUAUGCAAAUCUAUUUUAUAUAUGUCCCAAAAAAGUMUUUUUCAAAUACUCCAGUUUCGAGUUCAUAGCGAA